UUCCGGCCGGUCUUCUCCCGGGCCCCUGAAGGCAGCGGCCGUUGGGUCCUAUGUCACGCCGAGCCCUCCGGAGGCUGAGGGGGGAACAGCGCGGACAAGAGCCCCUCGGGCCCGGCGCCCUGCCAUUUGGCUUCCGUGAUGACGAUGAUGCGGAAGAAGGACCAAAGCGGGGGCCAGGUGGCCAGCGCUCCCGGGGCACAGGGAAGGAGGGCGUCCGAGUCAACAACCGGUUCGAGCUGAUUAACAUUGAAGAUCUUGAGGAGGGGCCUGUGGUGAACGGAGAGAGGUGUGAUGGUCCGCUUACAGAUGCUGUGGUGUCAGGGAGCAAAAGGAGGUCCCAGAGUGGAAGUGCCGAACCCAAGAAGGAUGGAGAGGUGGAUGAUGGAACAGCGCCCCUGGAGCAGUCAAAUGCAAGUGGCAGAUUCCGAAAGAAGAAAAAGAAACAGAAAAAUAAGAAAAAUUCUGCAGGAGAAGCUCUGGAAAAUGGGCUGGAAGACAUUGAUCGCAUCUUGGAGAGGAUUGAGGACAGCAGUGGCCCUCACCACCCCAGCCCACCCCCUCUGAGUUCGAGGAAGCAUGUCCUGUAUGUGGAGCACAGACACUUGAAUCCAGACACAGAACUGAAAAGGUAUUUUGGCGCUCGAGCUGUCCUGGGGGAACAAAGGCCGAGGCAGAGGCAGCGUGUGUACCCCAAGUGUACGUGGCUGACGACCCCUAAGAGCACCUGGCCCCGGUACACCAAGCCAGGCCUGUCGAUGCGGCUGCUGGAGUCCAAGAAAGGCCUGUCGUGCUUUGCAUUCGAGCACAGCGAGGAGUACCAGCAGACGCAGCACAAGUUCCUGGCUGCCGUGGAGUCUAUGGAGCCCAACAAUAUCGUGGUUCUGCUGCAGACAAGCCCCUAUCACGUCGACUCACUGUUGCAGCUUAGCGAUGCCUGCAGGUUUCAGGACGAUCAGGAGAUGGCGCGAGACCUCAUAGAGAGAGCACUGUACAGCAUGGAGUGUGCCUUCCACCCCCUGUUCAGCCUCACCAGCGGGACCUGCCGGCUGGACUACCGCAGACCUGAGAACAGGAGCUUCUACCUGGCCCUAUACAAGCAGAUGAGCUUCCUGGAGAAGCGGGGCUGCCCGCGCACAGCGCUGGAGUACUGCAAGCUCAUCCUAAGCCUUGAGCCCGAUGAGGACCCCCUCUGCAUGCUGCUACUGGUCGACCACCUGGCCUUACGGGCACGCAACUACGAGUACUUGAUCCGCAUGUUCCAGGAGUGGGAGGCUCAUCGGAACCUGUCCCAGCUCCCAAACUUUGCCUUCUCCGUGCCGUUGGCAUAUUUCCUGCUGAGUCAGCAGGCAGACCUCCAAGAACAGGAGCUCAGCUCCGCCAGGGAAAAGGCCUCUCUCCUGGUGCGACAGGCCCUCACCAUGUUCCCCGGAGUUCUAAUGCCCUUGCUCGAGUACUGCAGCGUGCGGCCAGACGCCACUGUCGCCAGUCACCCUUUCUUUGGACCCAAUGCCGAAAUAAGCCAACCCCCUGCCCUGAGCCAGCUGGUGAGCCUGUACCUCGGGCGAUCCCACUUCCUCUGGAAGGAGCCCGCCAUCAUGAGCUGGCUGGAGGAGAACGUCCGUGAGGUCCUGCAGGCAGUGGAUGCUGGGGACCCAGCUGUGGAAGAGUGUGAGAACCGGCGGAAGCUUCUCUACCAGCGUGCGCCCAGAAAUAUUCACCGUCACGUGGUCCUCUCUGAGAUUAAGGAAGCUGUUGCUGCGCUGCCCCCGGAUGUCACCACGCAGUCUGUGAUGAGCUUUGACCCUCUGCCUCCUUUGGAUACCAUCUACUCCUACAUCAGGCCAGAGAGGCUGAGUCCCGUCAGUCAUGGAAACACAAUCGCCCUCUUCUUUCGGUCACUACUGCCCAGUUACACCAUGGAGGGGGAGAGGCCAGAGGACGGAGGAGCCGAGGGACUAGACCGCAACCAGGGCUUGAACAGGUUGAUGCUGGCCGUGCGAGACAUGAUGGCCACCUUCCACUUCCACGACCCGGAGGCUCCGCACGAGGACCGUGACGAGGGGGAUGGGGAGUGGGACUGAGCACAGAGAUGCUGUGCCCACUCUGUACAAUUAUGUUCCUGAUUUGUCUGGUCGGGAUCGGCCAGUUCCCCGAAGUAAAAAUGCCAUGUCCCCUGCC